CAUGCUGAGCUUAUCAGCGACGAGGCUGAGCGACACUGCUCUGCUAUAUAUUCGCUAUGUGCACCGACACUGACAUGGCCCGACACCCACUCUGCAUCACGACCUCAGCAGAGAAGAUCGUCCGAAGAAACUGCGCACGUCUUUGUGCCUAGCUCGGUCAUUUGUUCAUGUUAUGACAAGCCGCAAGUCUUGCCUGUCGACUUACAUCUCAUACAUGUUUCUCCAUCAAAUCGGCAAAGGCAUCAUUUUUGAGAAUUUCUGCUCCUCCUUGCUUCUCUGAGAAGGAGGGCAGGUUUGACGCAAGAAAAUGAGCAAAAGCAGAGCCCCUAGCACCAACAAAUCAUCAUGGGGUCGCCAUCAGUCCACCAUCGAGCGACUUUACGUGGAAGAGAGGAGGAGUAUCGAUGGACCAGAGGGCGUUAUGUCGUACAUGGAGAGAAACUACGGCUUUCACGCCAACAAAUCUCAAUAUGAGUAUCGGAUUAGCAAAUGGGGAAAGAGGAAAAACAUCAAGAAGCAACAGUGGUGCACAGUUGCUCGAAUCCUGGCGCAACGAAGUGCGGAAGGUAAAGAAACAGAGGUCAGAUUUCAGGGCAACCUCAUCUCACCAGAAAGGGUUGCGCGGGAAUUGGCAAGAUACGCUAAUUCAACAGCCAACCAGAUGUUGCCCGCACGUCCGCCAUCCGAUCAAUAUGUGCAAGAGGCCAAUGUUUGGUCAGGUCACGAAUCUCAAGAACUCGGAGAUGUCACAGUUGCUACACCCUUUGUUCCCACGGAGCCAGAGAUACUUCCUUACGAUUUCACUUUUAUGGACGUCGAAUUAUAUGCCUCUACUCUGCAACAUGAGUGGCCACCUCCAAUCGUAGCUGCAGGGAAUGUGUCGAUGCUUUAUUCAAUGGCCUGGAUGCACCCCAUGUGUUUUCCUGUCAGACUAGAAUAUCAACCAUUCCAUUGGCUGCCAUCGCUGGAUUGGAAGAUGGUGUCACAGCUCUCCUCUCAGUCAGAUCUCAUCAAACCAUCCACGGUCCGUUCAGACAACAUGUUCUAUGCGCCUACAACAGCCCUUGAGAAUUUUUUCGAUGGCAGUCGUGCCAUCGCCGAGUUUAGCCGUGUCAUUGUAACAAUUCUGAACAAUCUCGACAAAGCGAGUGACUUUAACAUCAGCCGAGUACAUGGGUGGCUCGGAUCGCUACCUCUUCCUACUCUGAGAAGAUUCUUCAAAGCACUGUCACCACCAUUGCAAGAUGUACUCAGGCAGCAAGUGUUCAAGGCAGCAAUGGAGCGUGAAGAUGAGAUCACGGUUCAGGCCAUGCUCGAGCUUGGCUACGACGUUCACGAGAAAAUAUUCGUGGGUGCCAUGAGUGUACACGACACUGUUUCGCCUUUGCACAGAGCACUCGAGCUUCGGCAAUUUUCUCUCGCCAAGACAAUCGUUACACACCUCUCGCAGAUUGAGUGUGAACUAGGACUUCAAGACCUGCUUCAGAACAUCGUAAACGGGUCCGACUUGCAACGCUUCGACCUCCCCAGCUUGGGGGCUUUUGGCCGGAAAAAAUGGGCGGACUUGAUGCAAAUACCACUCGCGAAGGGAGCAAACGCCACAGUUGGAUGCUUUCACCUGGCUACUUGUGCUACGCUGGAUCUUCUUUUCUCCAGGGGUAACACGCUUGCACUGCUAGAGGAGGGGCUGGUAAAGUGGGCCCUUGACGAUCUUGACUAUCAUAGAAGAUCGUAUCUAAACCGCUUAAAUUUCGCUAUGCGACGAACUAAGCGUAUUGUUACCUACUUACUGGGUAGUGGCUUCAAGAACGUCGACAAAUCUACACCAGAGCUUCGCGUCGCCCUCUCAGCAGCUAUGGAGCUCGCCCUCGACGUUGACAGACAAGAAUUUUGGGCUGUGGAACUUAUUCACUUAGCUGGGCUUCAACUACAGCCUCCUCUUGCGUCAAAGACAUAUACAGAUACCAUGAAGUUCGCAAUCGACGAAAGUUGUGCUACCGGUGAUUGGAGUCAUGUGCGUCGAAUGAUAGACGAGCCGGGAGAUCCACCAAGCCCUCUGCCACCAGAUACACAUGACGAUCUUUACAGGCGGGUUAUUUCUGCAGACACACGAGUCGGUUUCGAUGCCGCCAUCGCAGAAGAAGGUGACUGGAGACAGUACAGUUCGUCCAUUUUGCAAUAUGUUUGCAACAAAGCACUGAGAUUCGAGCGGGACGAUGUCGUCGUUGCGGUAAUACUGACACGGCCAAGGUUUUCAAGAACAGAAUUUGCGAGUGUGCUACACCAUCUGCUUGCUUACGGCCAAACUUUGGCAGUUGGUAUGCUGAUUACUUUGGAUGAGCAGUUUGCAGGAGCGGUGGGAAAGCCAGGCUAUCAUCGAAAUUUUUCGAUGCUAGAGAAUCUUCUGUAUCGUUCCCACACAGCUUCAGACUAUGACGACCACUUGCCCAGAUUUGGACGACUUGACGCUCCAAGCCGACUUCAACUGGUCUUACGUGCGCUUUCUUACCACGCUAUCCAUACAAAUGAUCGUGAUAUGAUGGAAUGGUUGAUGAAGAACGGACUAGAAACAAACGCACUGCGAUUCCUCGGAUCUAGCACUCCCGAACCUAGACUUUUGAUAGCUAGCAGUAAUUUUUCGGGCGUGCUAGCACAUCCAGCCGACUUUGACGAUUAUACUUUCCCCUCACUCCUCGCCAUU